AGGCCCCCACCAUGUCCACCUUGCUGGAGAUCAAGAGCAGCGUGCUCCGGCAGGUGCAGGUCUGCCCGUCCUUCCGCCGCAGGACUGAGGAGGAGCCGGGGAGCGCCAGUGCUGACCCGCAGGAGCCUGCCACGGGGGCCUGGAAACCGGGGGAUGGCGUGGAGUUCUUCACCCAGAUGCGCCUCAUCCUGAAGAAGGAGGAAGGCAGACGGAGCCUGCCAUGCCCUGAGGUCUUAUUGCGCAGCAGCUUGCCAGCCCCCACCGAGCCUGUGGACCCCAACCGUGGCCUGAGAGCCCUGACCCAGGAGGAGGUAGAGAUGCUCUAUGAGGAAGCGUUGUACACCGUCCUCUAUCGAGCAGGAACCAUGGGCCCUGACCAAGUGGACGACCAGGAGGCGCUGCUGAGCUACCUUCAGCAGGUGUUUGGCACCAGCCCCGAGGAGCAUGCAGAGGCCAUUGAGAGAGUGAAGAAGGCCAAGGCCCCCACAUAUGCCCUGAAAGUGUCCGUCAUGCGUGCCAAGAACCUGCUGGCCAAAGACCCCAAUGGCUUCAGUGACCCGUACUGCAUGCUGGGCAUCCUGUCUGCCUCGGGCACCCCACGGGAGCCAGGCCCACACAAGGAGCAGCGCUUCAGCUUCCGGAAGGGUGCCAAGCGUGGCAGCCCGCAGCCAGCGAAGAGCAUCCAGGUCACCGAGGUCAAGAGCAGUACCCUGAACCCUGUCUGGAAGGAGCACUUCGUCUUUGAGAUCGAGGAUGUCAGCACGGACCAGCUGCACCUAGACAUCUGGGACCAUGACGAUGACGUGUCCCUGGUGGAGGCAUGCAGGAAGCUAAAUGAAGUCAUCGGCCUGAAGGGCAUGGGCAGGUAUUUCAAGCAGAUUGUCAAGUCAGCCCGGGCCAACGGGAAGGCGGGGCCCACAGAGGACCACACUGAUGACUUCCUGGGCUGCCUCAACAUACCCAUCGGGGAGGUGCCCGUGGCUGGCGAGGACCGAUGGUUCAAGCUGGAACCACGCUCCAGCGCCUCCCGCGUGCAGGGAGACUGCCAGCUAGUGCUCAAGCUGAUCACCACGCAGAGGGAUACGGGCAUGAGCCAGCGCGGGCGGUCAGGCUUCCUGUCCUAUCUGCUGCUGCUCAGCCGUCUGCUGCAGUUCGAGCACCGAGCCGAGGAGCCCAACUCCAGCAGCUGGCGGGGCGACCUCAGCGCGCCGGCGGCCACUGUGCUCUGCCUGCACGGCGCUCAAAACAACCUGUCUGCCCUGCAACUGGCGGUGCUGCACUGGCAGGUCAGCAGCCGCCACCAUCAGACCUGCACCCUGGACUACGGCUACCUGCUGGGGCUGCUGGAGGACAUGCUGGGGCACUGGGAAGAGGCGGCCUCACUGCCCCAGGAGCAGGAGGAGAGCCUGGCCGACAGCUUCUCUGCCUUCUCCGAGUUCGCGCUGCGGCUGCUGCGCCAGCUCCGGGACUACUUCCCUGCCACCAACAGCACCGCCAUACAUCGCCUGGAGCUGCUGCUGAGGUGUCUGGACAAGCUGCAGCUCUUCCAGCCUUUCUUUGAAGUCUGCCCCUUCGAGACGGAGCUAAACACGGACAUCACUGCUGCCCUGAAAAGAGGAAACCGGGAAUGGUACGACAGGCUCCUGAACGCCAAGAGUCCUCGCGAGCAGCCCGGACCGCAGCGACUUGCUGGGCUGGUCGAGCUGGUUGACGCCGUCUAUGAGGACCUGCAGUCCUGCUACAGCAUCUAUGCCAGCCUCUUCCACAGCAUCAUCAAGAUCGACUUCUUUACCCUCACCUUCCGGCAGCUGGAGCGUCUGGUAGCUGAGGAGGUGUGGGUACUGACGGAGGACUUGAGCUCCAAAAUGACCCUCGAGGUGGCGUCCCGGCUCUUCGAGCUCUACCUGUCCCUGGCAGACAUCCAGCGCUUUUGGAGCAGCAUCCUGGGCCGGGACAGCCGCUCCCUGGCCCUGGUCGGCAUCCACGCCCCCUUCCUACCUGCCGUGAAGCUUUGGCUGCAGGUGCUGCGGGACCAGGCCAGAUGGAGGCUGCAGGGAGCUGUUGAUGUGGACACGCUGGAGCCGAUGGAGAGCUCCAAGCACAGCAGCUCGGUGGCCACUGCAAGUCUCUGCUUCAGCCACAUCCAGGAGCUGUGGACCUGCUUAGCAUGGCCAGACCCGGUCCAGGCCCAGGGGCUGGGCACCCAGCUUAGCCAGGACCUGUGUGAGGCUGCCCUCUUCUACACUGAGCUGCUGCGGAAGAAGGUGGACACGCAGCCCAGGGCCUCAGGCGAGGCAGUGAGUGAGCCGCUCUGCGUGGUCCUCAACAAUGUGGAGCUCCUGCGCCGGGCAGCUGGCCAGGCUCUCCGAGGUCUGGCCUGGACAGAGGGGGCCGCGGAGCUCACAGGAGGGCUCCCGCGCGCUCUGCUCAACUGCACACAGGCCCUGGAUGAGGACCUGCAGCGGGAGGCCUGCACUGUGACGGCGCACCUGACCUCCAAGAUGGUGGGUGACAUCAGGAAGUACGUGCAGCACAUCAGCCUCUCACCCGACUCCAUCCAGAACGAUGAGGCUGUGGCCCCACUCAUGAAAUACCUAGACGAGAAGCUGGCCCUGCUGCAGGGUCCAGUCACGAUGCUGUGUCCCUGCAGGGUGCUGGAGGCCCUCUGGGAGCUGCUUUUGCAGGCCAUUCUGCAGGCGCUGGGCACCAACCUUGAUGUCUCUGCCGACUUCUACAGCCGCUUCCACUUCACCUUGGAGGCCCUGGUCACUUUCUUCCACGCAGAUGGGCAGGGUCUACCCCUGGAGAACCUGAGGGACGGAAGCUACAAGAGGCUGGAGGAGGAGCUGCGCCUGCACAAGUGCUCCACCCGCGAGUGCAUUGAGCAGUAUUACCUGGACAAACUCAAGCAGAGGUCACUAGAGCAUAACCGGUGUGGGCGCCUGAGUGUCCGUUGCUACUACGAGGCAGCUGAGCAGCGGCUGGUGGUGGAAGUACUGCACGCUGCGGACCUGCUCCCCCUGGAUGCUAACGGUCUGAGUGACCCCUUCGUGAUUGUGGAGCUGGGCCCGCCGCACUUUUUCCCGCUGGUCCACAGCCAGAGGACCCAGGUCAAAAGCCGGACACUGCACCCAGUGUAUGAUGAACUCUUCUACUUCUCCGUGCCAGCGGAGGUGUGCCGCCGCCGCGGUGCCUGUGUGCUCUUUACGGUCAUGGAUCACGACUGGCUGUCCACCAACGACUUCGCAGGGGAGGCAGCUCUCGGCUUGGGCAGCAUUGGCGGCAUCGUGCGGCCCCAGGUGGGGGGGAGCACGAGGACUGGGCAGCCCAUCACCCUGCACCUGCGCCGGCCCAGAGCCCAGGUGAGGUCUGCACUGAGGAUGCUGGAGGGCCGCACCAACCGGGAGGCACAGGAGUUUGUCAAGAGACUCAGGGAGCUGGAGAAAUUCAUGGAGGCGGACCCAUGAGACCCCUGCGGCUGCGAGCCCCAGAACCCCCCCAAAUCCCCACGGUGUCAUCUCACCCUUUGACCAGCUUAGUGCAGCCAGGGCUGUGGUGCCCCCUCCCCUGCUAUGUGGCGUUCGCGCUAUAGUUGGGUCCCCCAGCUCCUGUCUGCCCUGGCGUGUCCAUGUGGUAUGUGCUAUGAACUCCCUGCACCCAGCAAGGACCCCCCCUAACCCUGUAUCUGGGCGGCCAACUUGGUGGGGCCUGGCCAGCAGCUACCCGCUGGACAGGGAAUACAGGAAGCCUGGCCACCAGGUGAGCUUCCCCAGCUGCCUCCCCGGGGUUCCAUUGCCCCCAGGCACUCAAUUCCCAGUGGGAGGGGACAUUAGGUCAUAUUUGGAGAUAUUUUAUUUGUCACACCUGGAGGUUGAAGGGGAUGCUUCUGGUACCAGUGGACAAAGUUCGGGGAUGCUGCUUAAUAUCUUCCAAUAAACCAGGCAGUACUUUC